ACCAUUUUGCCGUGGCAGAAAUGUGAUUUCAUUCUGCUGCGAUAGCAAGUUCUGCCGUCUAGCUCUUUUUUUCUCCCCCUCCUUCUUUUCCCACAUCUGGAUCCUAGUUCCUCAUUUAUUUAUGUAGUAUGCCUUUUUUUGUGGGACUUUAAAAGUCCUUUACCUUUUUCCCUUGGCAGUUUCUCCACCAAUUUGACAAUUAGAUUUUCACCAUAACUGUUGAACUCGGCAAUUACAUGCUCGACCACAGAGUCUCUCCAAAAUAGAGCGUUGCGGCUCAUAUGGCACACCGAAAUAAAAUAGUUUUCAUGUCUGUUUGGAUGGCCGCCCAGCUAAAACUAUGCUCAGCCGCUUGACUGACAGAGGGAUGUGGGCUUUUUUCUCCCCAAGAAAAAUCUUAGGGUCACGAAUCCUGACCAAAGACUGAGGCAGUUGAGCUCCCAGUUCCUCUGCGGGCUGUGAGGAGAGAGGAGGUUGCAGGGCAGGGACAGAGGCUUGUGCCUCGACAAUGAAAACUCCAGGGGACACUUAACAUUUAAGAUGCUGACCUGAGGCUGGGGUGCUGUGCUGAAGUGGUAUGGACACAGAUAGAAUGGCUAGUCAUCAGAGCUCCAGGAUGGCUAGUCCUCAGAGCUCCAGGAUGGCUAGUCCUCAGAGCUCCAGGAUGGCUAGUCCUCAGAGCUCCAGAAUGGCUAGUCCUCAGAGCUCAAGAAUUGCAAGUCGUCAGAGCUCCAGGAUGGCUAGUCCUCAGAGCUCCAGAAUGGAUAGUCCUCAGAGCUCAAGGAUGGCUAGUCCUCAGAGCUCAAGAAUGGCUAGUCCUCAGAGCUCAAGAAUUGCAAGUCGUCAGAGCUCCAGGAUGGCUAGUCCUCAGAGCUCAAGCAUGGCUAGUCCUCAGAGCUCCAGAAUGGCUAGUCCUCAGAGCUCCAGACACAGUAGCUCUGUUUCAUCUUCUCCAAUGAGCAGGAUGCACUCACUCCAGGUGGACUCGGUGCAACGCUGGAUGGAGGACCUGCGUCACAUGACGGAGGUGGAGUGCAUGUGUGUUCUGCAGGCCAAGGCCAUUGGCGUGGAGGAGGAUGCCCAGGGUGAGCUCAUCGUGGCCACGCGGGACCACGUGGCCCGCGACAACCUGCAGACGCUGCUGCGGCGGGCGCUGGUGGUCAGCACGGAGCUGGGCAAGAUGUUCCAGCGGCUGGAGAAGGGCCGCUGGCAGCGGGUCCACAGCACGGCCGUCCGGGCCAACUGCCACGUGCGCUCGCUGGUGCAUGAGUAUAGCGCCGCCCGUAACACCCCCUCAGAGAUGCAGAAGUAUGAGACGUCUUUGCUUGAGAAGUGCAUGGAGCUGACCACCAUAACAGAGAGAUGCCUUCAUACUGAGGACGAAUUCUUCCUGAAGUCCAUGAGGGAAGCCAUUAACGAGAUUCUCACCGAUGUCAGCGAUUCAUUCAGCCACAUGAUUGACAUGGCCCUGGCCAACGAGAUCCAGAUCCUGAUCAGGAAGAUUGAGUCGUCAGACAGUGUGUACACCAUAGGCAGUGACAUCAGCAACCUGCUCUCCCUCACCCAGGAUGGCCCGCAGCUCUGCAGAAUCAUCGCUAAGGAGGGCGCUGUGGUGGCCCUGUUUAAGAUCUGCCGGCAGGACUGCUUCAGCGACCUUUACGCGCACGCCCUGAGGGCGGUGGCCUCCAUAUGUUGUGUGGAGGAGGGCAUCAAUCAGCUGGAGAAGGUGGAUGGGAUCCUGUGCUUGGCGGACAUCCUGACCGAUGAGAACAGAGCUGAGUCGGCGAGGGCAGAGGCAGCGGCAGUGGUGGCCCAGAUCACCUCACCCCACCACACCUCCACCCAGCACCUGGGCAGCUUCCUGGAGAGCAUGGAGGACAUUGUCACCGCUCUCAUCAAGUUGUGUGGGAGUGCCUCCUGUGGUGAGGUCUUCCUCCUGGCGUCUGCUGCCCUUGCCAACAUCACAUUCUUCGACAGCAUGGCCUGUGAGAUCCUCCUCCAGCUCAACGCCAUCCACAUCCUCCUACAGGCAUGCAAAGACCGCCAGAGAGUUGAUACUCCCUACUCUAAAGACCAGGUGGUUACCAUCUUGGCAAACCUCUCUGUUUUGGAGCAGUCUGCACCUGAAAUCCUGCAAGAGAAAGGUGUUGAGAGACUGCUCCAGCUGCUGGGUGAGAAGCCGUCCUCCUCUAGUCCAUCGGAGGGCGCGGCGUGCGAGAGGGUCCAGCAGAAAGCCGCUGUCACACUGGCCCGUCUGAGCAGAGACCCGGACAUAGCCCAAACAGCCAUCCAGCUGCAAGCUGUCCCUCGACUAAUCGAACUGUGUCGCUCACCAGCGGAGCGGAACAACAGUGACUCUGUACUAGUUGCAUGCCUGGCUGCCCUGAGGAGGCUGGCAGCGGGGUGUCCAGACAGCAUCGAGGCCACCGACCACCAGCAGCUGAUCAAGCCCAGACUGGUGGACUCUUUUCUGCUGUGCUCCAACAUGGAAGAAAGCUUUGUAUGAGAAGAGAGCUUUAUAGGACGAUCCAGAGCGGAGGGGUUGGGUGCACAGGCACUGGAGGAGUCUCAGUGACCACACACUCCAGCCUGAGACUUAAAAACACACAAGACAAAGGAGGGGUUGGGUGCACAGGCACUGGAGGAGUCUCAGUGACCACUCACUCCAGCCUGAGACUUAAAAGCACACAAGACCAAGGAGGGGUUGCAGAAAUCAGUCCCUAUAUCCCAAAGCAUACAUUAAAUGUAUACCCAAAAAUCUGAGCAUAAACGGAAUUGCUGUUAAUAAUUACAGAAUUGACAUUCUCGGAGUAUAAAACACCGAAACUCGGGGACAUGUACAUGUCGGCAGCAUUCAUGAAAUCGUACUUAUUGGUUAUAAUUCAUCUCAUAAUAACAUUCAUAGUGGACAUGGGGCCACCAUGCAUGAAAUAAAAAUAAUCAGUAUUUUGUGUCAGCUGCCAAUUUAAUGGGUUGUUCAAAUAUUAGAAACUACUAUUGUGUUCUGUUACUUACAGAUAAGAAUGUGUUUAAUGAGUUGUUGGUGGACAUACAGUAUAUUCAAGGUAUUUGAUUACAUUAUCUAAUUUCGCUCUCUUGUUCAGGGGAGGUAAUGAUUUAGGUCACUGAUUUUAGUGUGCUGUUGUGAGCGGGAGGUGACUUCUAAAGUAGGUUUCCUUGGAAACAAAGUGCUUUGAAAUCUAUAAUAAUGUAUCUGUAUGUCUUGCCUUGGAUCUAAAACAUUGAAUUUGCUACAUAGAAACAUACUGUAAAUGUGUUGUAAACCACAAUCUCUAUUAAAUUACUAUUUUAAAGUAUGGCAUGCAUAUACUGUAAUAAAGGGAAGAAUAUCUUA